UCAUGCUGCUGCCAGGUCCAGAGUCUCUCAUGGGUCCCUGUACGGCCUCCCAUUGCUGCUGUCUCCAUCGCCACACUCUGCCAUGUGCCACUUUCAGGUCUCCUCACACUGCUGGUGUGUUGAAUUUUUUGACAUAGGGUGCUGGCAGAUUACGGGCCUCCUAUAGCUGCUGCCAGGCCCCUAAUCUGCCAUGGGCCCCUAUAUACCGCCUCCUCAUGCUGCUGCCAGGUCCAGAGUCUCUCAUGGGUCCCUGUACGGCCUCCCAUUGCUGCUGUCUCCAUCGCCACACUCUGCCAUGUGCCACUUUCAGGUCUCCUCACACUGCUGGUGUGUUGAAUUUUUUGAC